GAGGGGGCGCCUUUGUCACGUGACUGAGUAGGCGUAUUUAAGCCCCUGGCGCGAGAUCCUGAGUGGAAAGAAUAGGCAGUCUUUGGCUAUUUGCAACGGCGGCGUGUGUUGUUCACCAACGUUCUCAAGAAAGAAAAUGAGUUUCAAUGGAAAGUUAAAACACAGCCAGCAAAAGUCUAAUGAGAAUUUGAAGGGCUUUUUCACACCCUCUCAAAAGGCAGCAGGAUGUCCAAGGCAAACCCUGCAGGUCUUAGCUGGCAACAAAGACUUGGGAAGGUCAUCUCAGGUGGCAAAGGUCAUUCCCAAAAGGAAACACUGCAGUUCAGACCAAACUAGAGGUCCAAAGAGGGUGAAAGUAGAAGUGAAGUCUACGCAAACUGAAGAAACCCAGUGUUUGACAAAUGGCACUACCAAUGAGGCAUAUGAACUUAUGGUUGUAGAAACGCCUCCUUCAACCUACUGGAAAGCGAUAGCAGAGGAGCGUCGGAAGGCCUUGUACAAUGUUUUACAGGAGAAUGAGAAGUUACACAAAGACAUUGAAGCCAAAGAUGACCAGAUAACUCAACUAAGUUGUGAAAAUGCUGAGCUACAGGAGCUGGCAAAACAUGUACAGUACAUGGCUGAUAUGAUUGAGAGGCUGACAGGAGAGAGCCCAGACAAUCUGGAGGAACUGAGGGAGAUUGCUCUCAAUGUGGGUGAGGAGGAUGAGGGCGACUGCAGUGCAGUGCAGACUGAGGAGGAAGAAGAGACCUCAGACCAUGAACAAGCUGGACCCUCAGGAGAAAAGGACUGACAACUCUUGUAUGUCAUGGGACUUUGACCUUUUUUACAGGUCGGCAAUAUUUUUGCAUUGGCACCAACAAUUGGCAGCCAUUUGGCUCAAAGUAAUGCAUGUACUUCAAAUGGCAAUAGUUUUGACAUGCCUUUCAUUUCAUUUUUGUAACAGUUUAACAAAUUGAGGUUGGUUUUAUUUUUAGUUUGGCUUUUUCUAUACUUUCAGUUCUUGUUCGAAAUGCCAGAGGCCUAUCACACAGCAGACAUUUUAACAAGUCACUGUAGGAAACUCACUGAUAAGUAAAAUGAGGCGUGAUGGUGAAAUUAUUUUCUUCAGUUUUAUGGCCCUUGUAUUGUGCCCGUGCUCACUGUCCUGGCUUAAUGGGACACUUUACUAGACCAGAGCCAUUAAUGAUGUGACUGACUGUUUUGAGGGAAUGUGGGUUUUAUUUAUUUUUUUUAGGGUUUUGUAUAAGAAAUUAACAGCAAGCCUUGAAGCUCCACUAGUUACUUGCUUCUAGUUGGUCUGGAGCUGAAAGGCUGCAUGUUCUACCCAAACUUGUUUGGACCCCUAAGCUCUCUUAAUGUUUCCUGUUUGGAAAAGGAUCAUGUGCUGGAAACUGCUACGUUCUUCUGGAGGAAAAAAGGCAACAUGCACUACCGGAUGUGGCCAAGCGAUUGUCCCUGUAGUGUUUUGAUUUGCUCUGUAAAAUUGUGCAAUAUCCAUCAGUUUUGUACGUGAAGCCUAAUGUCAAAUAAAAACGUUCCUUUUUAAAAGAA